AUGGUAUCUCAGGAAGCGAAAGAUUUAGUUCGAAUGAUGCUAACUGUUGAACCAGCAAAUAGAGCAACCAUUAAUCAAAUAUUAGAAAAUCGAUGGUUAUCAGAAUAUAACAGUGUCCUACAGGCACCACUGAAUACGCCUCAGGUACUGGCGGAAGAAGCACUACAACGGCCCGCCGUCACAGUGGCAAUUAUAAAUGCUAAUGGCGAUAAUCGAUUAGAGGAUACAGACGCCGACGCGGUAUUAGGAGGAUCCGGUGUGACCGAUGUUGAUGAAUUAGCCGUAACGUCUCCUUUAUAA